AUGGUGUGCCCGCCUGCUGCCAAACGGCCGCGCCUAGAGGCCAAGGCAAGUGAGACGCCUUGGGUGGAGAAGUACAGGCCACAAACAUUGAACGAGGUGAAGUCACAGGAGGAGGCAGUGAGUGCGCUGCGGGCCAGUCUUCAGUCACGCGCAAGCAUGCCACAUUUCCUUUUUUACGGUCCACCUGGCACGGGAAAGACAACGGCGAUCCUAGCUGUGGCGCGGGAACUCUUUGGGCCGGAUUAUAUGCAAAACCGUGUGCGAGAGCUGAACGCGAGUGAUGAUCGUGGUAUUCAGGUCAUACGCGAAAAGGUGAAGGUAUUCGCACAGACGGCAGUUGGAAAUGUUGGGCAAAAGGUGCAGUCUGAUGGAAAAGUGUACCCCGUUCCACAAUUUAAGCUUAUUAUUAUGGAUGAGGCAGACGCAUUAUUGCCAGAUGCACAGGCCGCUUUGCGGCGGAUGAUGGAGGACUUCAGCGAUGUGACACGCUUUUGCAUUAUCUGCAAUUACGUCAGCCGCAUUAUUGAUCCUAUAGCCAGUCGCUGCGCCAAAUACCGGUUUAAGCCUCUUGUAAAAGAAGCUUUGUACGGUCGGAUUCGUGAAAUUGCACAGUUGGAAAAACUAGCCGUCUCAGAUGUUUCGUUGGAGGCGUUGGACUGGGUGAGUGGGGGGGACUUGCGGUCCGCCAUCAUGUAUUUGCAAUACGCACAGAAGGCGCAUGGAAAUGAUCUUACACGGGAAGAUUUUUUGGAGGUUUCGGGUAGCGUUCCAGUGGAGACGUUGCAAAAAUACUUGAAGGCACUUGUAACGAAAAGCUUUGAUACCAUGUAUUCCUUGACGAAGGAGCUUGUUGGAGAAGGCUACCCGGCAAGCCAGCUCCUUGCACAGCUCCAGCGCUACAUUACUGAUGCAAGCUGUCCUUUAAAUUCUUGUCAGAGGGGCUGCGUUGCAUUGAAGCUCUGCAAUGUGGAAAGACGUUUGUCGGACGGCGGUGAUGACUUUCUACAGCUUCUGGACUUGGGGGCCACCAUCUGCGCCCUGUGA